AGGAGCUGAGCAUGGAGAGCAGGGAGGACAAAUGCCCGCGGCAGAACCUGGUGGAAGAGGCCGUUUUGAGCGGCUCCACGGCGCAGGAAGCCAACGGGGAGGAAAAGCCCCGGAGAUGUGCACGAGGAGGGGCUGCAAACGCAGCCGGCGGGGAUCUGAGGGGGAAAGAGCCAGCCUGGGCUGGGAAGGCGGCUGGAGACGGAGCCAGAGCUCGGAGCUGGUGCUCCAUGAGCAGCUCCACCUGGUGCUCUUCCCACACAUGCGAGGAGUGUGGGAAGAGCUUCAGGUGGAGCUCUGACCUGAUCAGGCACCAGAGGAUCCACACUGGGGAACGGCCCUACGAAUGUGGGGAGUGUGGGAAGAGCUUCAGCCGGAGCUCCCACUUGAUGAAGCACCAGAUGAUCCACACUGGAGAAAGGCCGUACAAAUGUUGCGAGUGUGGGAUGUGCUUCAGCCACAGCUCCAGCCUGAUCAGCCACCAGAGGACCCGCACUGGGGAGAGGCCCUAUGAGUGUUCCAAGUGUCGGAAGAGGUUUAAGACCAGCACCCAUCUCCUCCGGCACUAUCGGAUUCACAGAGAGGAGAGGCCCUUCCAAUGCCCCGACUGCGGGAAGGGAUUCAAGCACGACUCCACCCUCGUCACCCACCGGCGCAUCCACACUGGGGAGAGGCUCUAUGAGUGUGAUAAAUGCAGGAAGAGGUUUCCGACCAGCUCCUGUCUCCUCCUGCACUAUCGGAUUCACACAGAGGAGAGGCCCUUCCAAUGCCCCGACUGUGCUAAGGGAUUCAAGCACAACUGCAACCUCGUCAGGCACCGGCGCAUCCACACUGGGGAGAGGCCCUACGAGUGUCCCCAGUGUGGGAAGAGCUUCUCCAGGAGCUCUCACUUGACCCGACACCAACAGAGGCACCGAAGCCAAGAGGAAUGGAUCUGUCACCUCCAAACCACUCAAAUCGCAGUGAAAACAGAUCAAUCUUACCCCAGAAGGAGCUCAAACCCGCCUCAAAAAACUCAGUCCCACGCCAAACUCACUCGAUUCCGCAGCCAUCAGGCUGACAUGAGGCUGGGAGGUGAUUUAGAGUCAUGGGAUCUCAGUUAGAGUGGUGGGAUGGAGAUAGUGUGGGGCUGGGUGUGUGGGAUGUAUUUGACAGCAAAUAAAACUCUGAGACUUACUGAUUUCUCUCCCGUUCAUGUUCAGUCUGUUGCAGUUCUGUUUGCAGAGUGCCGCCUUCUCAGCUCAUUUUCUUGGUGUCCUCUUUUCUCUCCUGCCUCUCUUUGCCUGCUCUGUUUCUCUCUCAGUGUCUCCCUGGGCCCACGGACCACCAGAGACCCUGCCCUGAUUUAAUUGACCCAGGCACCCCCAGAGACCCUCCCUAUAUUUAAGUGCCUCAGGGACCACCCAAUACCCUCCCCUGAUUUAAUGCCUCAGUGACCACCAGAGACCCUCCCCUGAUUUAAUUGACCCCUGCUUCCAAAGACCCUCCCCUGAUUUAGUUGACCUUUCCCUGUUUUAAUUCCCCUUCCCCUGAUUUAAUUGACCCCUGCCCUGAAUUAAUUGACCCUGCCCUGAUUUUGCUGUCCCCUGCCCUGAUUUAGAUGACCCCUCUGUCCCCACAGACCCUCCCCUGAUUAUUUAUUAUUUUAUUUCCCAAUUACUAUUUAAGUUCCCAGUCCCAGGUGCUGAAGUCCUGAAGGCUGGCAGGGAAAUGUCUCUGUAGGAUUUUGCUCCAUUUCCCUUCAAGGGCAGGAAUAUUUUUCCUGGCUGGAAGCUGGAAUUGCAGACUUUUGGAAUGUGUGCAGGGCAACACGGACUGGGAUCAAACAUGGACUAGGAUCAGAUAGGGGUUGGGAUCAAAUAGGGACUGGGAUGAAAUAUGGACUGGGAUCAAAUAGGGACUGGGAUCAACUAUUCACUGGGAUCAACUUUGGCCUGGGAUCAAAUAUGGCCUGGAUCAAAUAUGACAGAUUUUAUGGACUGGGAUCAAAUGUGGACUAGUGUUGUAGUGUGUUGUAAUAGCCUGUUUUAAACGUCCGGGUCCCUUCCCCAGGUGUGCCAAUACCCCUCUUUCAGAUCUAAAACAGUAAACCAGGGUAGCUCAGGUGCCAAACAUGUUAGUAGGGUGUAUGGGUUUGCCACAAGUUGUACUGCCUGACCCUAGCCCGUUGUUUUCCUUAACUUGUACAGAAGGUGCAUUCUCUGCCCUCCCUGGUAUGUUAGAGGCCCAUACCCCAGGAAACAUUGGAUCCAUUAUUUUCUUGUAAAUUUCAUCCUUAUUUUCAAUUUCAGUUUCACUAAUUGUUAAAAUUAAGCUCAAUAUAUCUCCAUAUUCUUGAUCCUUUACCUCUAAAAUAAUCUCUCCAUCUUUAAAUGUGAUCUUGGCUUCCAGCUGCUUCAACAAGUCCCUACUCAACAGGGCCUUUGGAGAGUUGGGCACAUACAAAAAAACUAUGACUAUUUUGAUGGUUUGCAAAAUAUGAUUUUUCAGAUUGGUCAGUUGCCCCCUUACCAUAACAUCUGUUACAGGCAUCGAGGCUUUAUUUAACACUGAGUUUGCUGCCCCCGUGUCAACUAAAAAUUCUAUUUUCUUAGCUCCCAUCUUUCUACCCUAUCCCAGCCUUUUGCCUUAAUUCAAAGUCUUGGGGUAUAAAAUAAGCUGAACGCACUCAGCUUUAAUUAUUUCUGCUGGGUUUCUUAAAUUACAUGAAACUCUCUUUUCUAAUAAUUCAAACAUCCUGUUACUUCUUUGCUUCUCGUGACUGGUUGCUACUAAAUUCCUUAGAGCUCUCUGAGUAGCCUUGGUUUCCUUAGAAUAACAUAAAGUGCCUGUCUUGGUCUCUUCCACCUAAACUCUGCUUUACAAAAUCUCAUUCUUUCCCAGUUCUCUUCCCGCACAGUCUAAUUCAAGCGUUGUUUCUACUGACACUCACUUUGCUGCCUUGCAAAAAGCUGUGCCUCUUACAGCAAAAACUCUGAUAUGCCCACAAACACAGACACAGACACACAUACACCCUGCAUCUCAAAUUCACGAGAGUCAGGGCUUAGGUUGUUGUGGGAGGGGAAUUCCUCGAAUUCCUUUAAUUUGUUUUAUCACAGUUAAACAUAAAUCACCAUACUGCAGUUUUUCCAUGUAAAAUGCUACACUUGUUGCAAACAAAAUCCUAAAAUCUCCACAAACACAAGCCUACAAUACCAAAAAUCAAAUUACCACAAUGUGGGGAAAGAACCACACAAACUCACUGGGAAAGGGGUAUCUCUUAAGAGUGCCCACUUUCCUUGACACAACCCAACAUGCAACACUUCAUCAUCUACCCACAUCAGCUUAUCAGCCUCUUCUGGUCCUCACACACUCUGGACACAAUCAAAAUAACAGCACACAGUAAAAUUCCAGGGACCGAGUCCAAACUGCGGGGACAGAAGAAUCCCCUGAGUUCAUCUAGCCACGGUUAAAAUGCACACAAUCUACACAAAUCACACAUCACCACCUUUAAACAAUAAAUGACUAAAUGUCCUCACCCACAUUUCUCCACUUGUUCCACUACUCCACAGGGUGUUCCUGCCCUCACAGACUGCCCCAGCCGGUGCUCCGGGCCUCACCUGGCUGCUUCAGACAUGGGUAGAACUGCCCCUGCACGCCGUGGGUACUCACUCACUUGCUCGGUCUGUUUGAUACACCAUGCACUCACACGAUUAUAAACAUGCCAACAUUAACCACACAAUGCAUUAGCCAUACAAUGUCUGGACGCCACAAGCACACAAAGUUCGGGUUCACUCGGCUCACCCCAGAGUCGCUAGCGGCCGCUCCAUUGAACAAUGAACCCGUUCCCAGUUGCGCUAUCAACCGGGAACCUCUGCCGCUGACCGUGCUCUUGGUCGAUGGCUGCCUGCAAGCACAGG